CCAAGAGCCUCCGUGUUCAGGUCCUGCACUUCCUGGAACAUUCCUACACACAAAUGAUGAGAGUUAGGCUCCUGUUUAUUCUGGAAGAAAAAACUAGAUAUCAGUGGCAGUCCAGUCAUACUCCACCCAUCUUGGGAUAAUGUUGUAGACAUGGACUCCACCAUGAGAGGUCUGGUUCUGGUUCGGCUGCUGCCUCUGCUCUUCAGUCAUGGACUUGCAGCUCCCAGGACAGAAAGCAGGUCCAGGCAGUCUGACAACAUCAACAUGUCAAACCCAUUUACCCCAGGAGAAGAACAUCUGAGUAUCUUACAUGGAUAUCUACAGGAUAAAGAUCCACUGGGAGAAAAUGACACAAACAUGAGCCGAGAGACAGCCAUUUUACGCCUCUUUGUGCUCCAUGACUAUGACAAGAGUGGACUUCUGGAUGGUCUGGAGCUCAUGCAGCUGCUACAUGGAGUCUUGACAAGGGGUCUGCAGGAGAAACCAACUGAAGACUCGGUAAAUGUGAUUUCUGUGGUUGAUGAUGUCCUAGAAAGACAAGAUGUGAACCUGGAUGGACUCCUGAGUGCACAAGAACUUGUGAAUUCUCCGAUUUAUAAAAAGAAGGAGAUUUCAGAUCCUGCUCACAUUGUAAUUCCACCUCCUAUGGGAGUUCCAGCUGAAGAGCAUUCUGCUCCUGUGGACAGUGACCUUGCAAAUAAAGAGGAAACUGAGGAACCAGAGCAACCAGAGGAAGUCCACGAUGUACCUCCGGGGCAAACCAAUGACCCAGCUGCUCCACCUGCAGAGGUCAUGAGCAGUCAAGAAGAAGCUGAUGAGAUACACAAUGAGGAUGUGGUGGAGGAGGUCGCCAGUGUAGAAGUGGUAGAGAUGGCAGGAGUAGAUAAAGCAGACGAUGAGAUGUGAGCAUUGUGUCCCUCAAAUGAUCAAAUACUUGAAAUCAAAGAGCAUUCCACCUGAAUUCCAGAGACCCCCAGUAGAUACUGGAUUCGGCCUUUUCUUGAAGGUUCUUAGUUUUAUUCAGCGGUUUCUUUGUUACAUUUCCAGUGGGUGACUAUUAUGGCUGACAUCACAUCUUUCAGAGGUCAACUCAAAAGUGCCUCAGCAGAACCAGGCAGAUGCCCUGUGGCAGCUGGAGGUCUUUCACCCACUAAUAGAUAUGGCCAAGAAAUGGCAGAAUAAACCUAACAACAUGGCAGAAAAGAACAACUUGCUGUUUGAUAUUGACUGGGGAUCCCGUUAUUUUAAGUGGAAUGCCAUUUAUACUGAUUGAGUUUGCACGUUGACUCUUCGUACCAUGUCCACAAGGUGAUGCCUUAUACUACCGGGGACAUCAUGUGCCUGUCAUGACUGAUUGGAUUUCAUCCAUCUGGCAGGAUUCACUCCGCCAACAUCUUAACUUAUUGUCUGAUACACGAUGCAAAGAUUAUCAAAGAUUCUGCUCAUCGGCCUUUAACCUGUAGUUAUGGAUCUGAAACCAAUGCAACUCUAUCUG